AGCGCCUGCAGCCAACCAGGGUCAGGCUGUGCUCACAGUUUCCUCUGGCGGCAUGUAAGGGCUCCACAAAGGAGCUGAGAGUUCAACUGAGGCUGCUGCAGUUGGCCCAGGGAUGGACCCCAAGCCCUGAGUGGAGCUGCCCGAGCUCCAACCUGCAGAGCAUGACAGUGAGGUGGCUGCUGGUUGUGCCGUGACAGAGUAGGUUGGAAGCAGCCCCUGAGGCACCCUGGCCAGCCCCAUCCCCACGGAGCUGGCUGUGAACAGAGGCCAGUGAGGCAGGGCUGCUUGGCAUCCAGUCCACCCUGCGACUCAGGACCCCUCCUAAGGGAAGCCAUGGCCAGGCUGCCCCACUGACUGACGGCACGGUGAAGCAUGUGAGGCGCUGCUGCCCUGGAGCCGAGCAGGAGGGAAGAGGCUUUCAUAGAUUUCAUUCAUAGAGGAUAACCACCACCGUGCAAGGACCAUGAGGCCACUGCAAGUGACCUGCUGGUGGCUAGGACUGCUGGCCGCCUUGGGAGCUACUGCAGAUCCCGAUGAUGGUUUUGAGGGUCCAGAGGAGGGCUCGCCGAGGGAGUACAUUUACCUCAACAGGUAUAAGCGGGCAGGUGAGUCCCCUGACAAGUGCACCUACACAUUCAUCGUGCCCCAGCAGCGGGUCACAGGUGCCAUCUGCGUCAACUCCAAAGAGCCAGAGGUGCUCCUGGAGAACCGCGUGCACAAGCAGGAGCUGGAGCUGCUCAACAAUGAGCUGCUCAAGCAGAAGCGGCAGAUCGAGACGCUGCAGCAGCUGGUGGAGGUGGAUGGAGGCAUCGUGAGCGAGGUGAAGCUGCUGCGCAAGGAGAGCCGCAACAUGAACUCGCGCGUCACCCAGCUCUACAUGCAGCUCCUGCACGAGAUCAUCCGCAAGCGGGACAGCGCACUCGAGCUCUCCCAGCUGGAGAACAGGAUCCUCAACCAGACGGCUGACAUGCUGCAGCUGGCCAGUAAGUACAAGGACCUGGAGCACAAGUACCAGCACCUGGCCACGCUAGCCCACAACCAGUCGGAGGUCAUUGCACAACUUGAGGAGCACUGCCAGAGGGUGCCUGCGGCCAGGCCCAUGCCCCAACCACCCCCUGCCACCCCACCUCGAGUUUACCAACCACCCACCUACAACCGCAUCAUCAACCAGAUCUCCACCAAUGAGAUCCAAAGUGACCAGAACCUGAAGGUGCUGCCACCUCCUCUGCCCACCAUGCCCACCCUCACCAGUCUCCCAUCCUCCACCGACAAGCCAUCCGGCCCAUGGAGAGACUGUCUACAGGCCCUGGAAGAUGGCCACGACACUAGUUCCAUCUACCUGGUGAAGCCUGAGAAUACCAACCGCCUCAUGCAGGUGUGGUGUGACCAGAGACAUGACCCUGGGGGCUGGACCGUUAUCCAGAGGCGCUUAGAUGGUUCUGUCAACUUCUUCAGGAACUGGGAGACAUAUAAGCAAGGGUUUGGGAACAUUGAUGGCGAGUACUGGCUGGGCUUGGAGAACAUCUACUGGCUGACGAACCAAGGCAACUACAAACUGCUUGUGACCAUGGAGGACUGGUCUGGCCGCAAGGUUUUUGCAGAAUAUGCCAGUUUCCGCCUGGAGCCUGAGAGCGAGUACUAUAAGCUGCGGCUGGGGCGCUACCAUGGCAAUGCAGGCGACUCCUUCACCUGGCACAAUGGCAAGCAGUUCACCACCCUGGACAGAGACCAUGAUGUUUACACAGGAAACUGUGCCCACUACCAGAAGGGAGGCUGGUGGUAUAAUGCCUGUGCCCACUCUAACCUCAAUGGGGUCUGGUACCGUGGGGGCCAUUACCGAAGCCGCUAUCAAGACGGUGUCUACUGGGCUGAGUUCCGAGGAGGAUCCUACUCGCUGAAGAAAGUGGUGAUGAUGAUCCGGCCCAACCCCAAUACCUUCCACUAAGUCUGCAACCCCUUUGGCCACUCAUGGCUGUUGCCGGGAGCCAUCCCAGUCAUGCAGGCCAAGGACAACUCCUCACCAGUUCAUUCCGGGCUGGAAGGACGAGACGCUGGACUCUGCUUUCCAAAGUCACUGUACCAGUUAAUGGAACUGAGCUGAUACAGUGUUCUCCAUCCUCCCACUUUCUUCACACCAUAUAGCCCCUCAUGUUCCCAGGACAGGUCAGGACUACAAAUAGCUCCUUCCAAAAAUCAAUUAAGUUCCUCCAAUAAAAACACAAAACACUCUCAUGACAGACGUGCAUAUGAGCCACCACAUGUACAUACUCUUAGACACAUCUCACAUGUGGGAUGCCUAGAUACACAGGGGUUUGCCAUAUACGCUUAACUAGUCUGUACUCAGUUCUCAGAUGCAGAAGCUGCUGCCACAGCUUCUCUCAGGAAAGUGUUUCCUUAGUGCUGUGGUAUUUGAGUCUAACAACAGAACACAUACUGCAAAGGCCUGAUUCAAAGAAGAAACCUGGCAUCAGCAUGUCUGGUUCUUUCAGGAAUGUCUACAAGGCUCAUCUCCUGCACAGGAGAUCCUGGCUUCCUUCCUCACAACCCUAUGAGCACCAGAUCACACUUCAGAAUUCCCUCCCAUCUCAUCGCUGUAGUUCCCCUUCUCAGGACUGCUCACCAUCCCUCUACCCGGUUAUCCCUCAUCCCACACCUUCUGUUCCUCCAUCCCCGGCUCUGUGCCACGGGUCAAGGUACCUCUUCUCCCCUUUCCCCUCCUUUCUCCUAUUCUGCUACACAGGCCUUUCUGUCCAGGCUAGAUUCCUUGGCCUCUGAGGAGGAAGCAGCCUGGGCUCAGGUUCUAUCUGGGAAAGGGAAGGCCAGGCCAAAAGCCACACACUGGCCAUAUAGACUGUGUAUUCAGUUUUGUACCUUCCAUUUAUACAUUAGCCUUCACGUCAUUUUAACCUCCACACAAAUAGCCUGCCUUGCCAGAGAUAGUCAGCUGAAAAGCAGUCACUGCCAAUACAUCAGGGCUCCCAGAUGGCCACAGAUCUGAGGUCCCAUGCUCACAUGGACCAGUCUCACCUCAUCUCUAAGCAAUACUUCCUCUGUGUAUAGGGCCACAACAAGGAAAACUGGCUGCUUCCUGUGAGAUGCAACACCCUUGGGGGCUGUUGGAACCCAUGGCUGGGACAGCACAACACAGCACAGAGGUUCCUGGGUCCUGCCUGGCUCAGGGGUAUAGGACUGUUGCUAAGCCAGGAGCAAUGCAGAUGGAUCCAGAAGAUGAGGCCCUCCUGGUGGGCCCAUGUGCCAGGAGUACGUGGUGAGAGGUGUUUGGUACUGGAUCUGGGUGCGGGCUUAUUACCUCAGCAUUUCUCACAGUGUACCAUGUAGCAUGUUCUGUGUAUAUAAAGGGGAGGGUUUUUAAAAAGAUAUUCUCAGAUUACCCUUGUAAUGACACAAGUCUGCAAUAAAAGCCAUCAGUGCUACAUGGA